AUGGCCCCCAGUGUCUCGAUCCUGCAGGCGAACGUCAACCACUGCGUCGCGGCUCAAGAUUUAUUGAUACAGACCGCGGCGCAGUGGAAGAUCGACGUAGUCAUAGACGCUGAGCCGUACUACGUCCGCGCCCGUGAUGAUUGGGCGGGCGAUCGCGACGACUCGGUGGCUAUCGUCGCCUGGAGACGCACGGGCCCCACACCCUUCAAAAGUAUAACAAAGGGUCGCGGUUGGGUUCUUGCGUCGCUGGGCGGCAUUGCAGUGAUCGGGGUGUACUUCGCGCCGAGCAGGAGUUUUGCCGACUUCGAGCGGAUAUGCUCGCCGAAGUCGGCGCUCUUGUGGCCGAUGCACACCCCACCCCUGUUGUGGACGCCGGAGACUUCAACGCCAAAUCGAGUGCGUGGGCGCCGUGCGUGGGCGUCCCAAGCCGUGGACACGGCCGAGCAUACGCUGAACGCGCCACACUCACUGGCGCAAUAG